UUGAUGCAGAAAGAUUUUUUUCUUUUUAUUGGCGGCAUGGGUCUUAGUUUUUAAAAUAGUAUAUAUUUUUUGGUGACUGUCGCGUAUGAUUUUGCUAGAAAAAAAAAUUAUAUAUAGUCCAUUCAUAUUCCCAACUCUUGCCACUUUUUUUCUUCUUUAUACAUUUCUAUAUUCAAUAUGUCUACUGUUACUAAAGUCCACGCUCGUCAAAUCUUCGAUUCCAGAGGUAACCCUACUGUCGAAGUCGAAGUCACCACUGCUAAGGGUGUCUUCCGUGCUGCUGUUCCCUCUGGUGCUUCCACUGGUAUUCACGAAGCCAUCGAACUCCGUGAUGGUGACAAGUCUGCCUACAUGGGAAAGGGUGUUCUCAAGGCUGUUGCUAACGUCAUUGACGUCAUUCAACCUGCUUUGAUUGAAGCCAAGAUUCCCGUCACUGAACAAAAGGCCAUUGAUGAAUUCCUCAUCAAGCUUGACGGUACCGCCAACAAGGGUAAGCUCGGUGCUAACGCCAUCCUUGGUGUCUCUCUUGCUGUCGCCAAGGCUGCCGCCGCCGAUAAGGGUGUCCCUCUCUACGUUCACUUUGCUGACCUCGCUGGUUCCAAGAAGCCUUUCGUUCUUCCCGUUCCUGCUUUCAACGUUAUCAACGGUGGUUCUCACGCUGGUAACAAGCUUGCCAUGCAAGAAUUCAUGAUUCUCCCCACUGGUGCCAAGUCCUUCAAGGAAGCCAUGAAGAUCGGUUCUGAAGUCUACCACAACCUCCAAAAGGUCAUCAAGGGCAAGUACGGUCUUGAUGCUACCAACGUUGGUGAUGAAGGUGGUUUCGCUCCUAACAUUCAACAAAACGAAGAAGGUCUUGAACUCUUGGUCACCGCCAUUGAAAAGGCUGGUUACACCGGUAAGGUCAAGAUUGGUAUGGAUGUUGCUGCCUCUGAAUUCUACAAGGAAGGCAAGUACGAUCUUGACUUCAAGAACGAAAACUCUGAAAAGUCCAAGUGGAUCGAUGGUAAGGAACUCACCUCUCUUUACAAGUCCUUUGCCGAAAAGUACCCCAUCGUCUCUAUUGAAGAUGCUUUCGAUCAAGAUGAUUGGGAAAACUGGUCUUACUUGAAGGAAUCCUCUGAAUUCCAACUUGUUGGUGAUGAUCUUUUGGUCACCAACCCUGCUCGUAUUGCUACUGCCAUCGAAAAGAAGGCCUGUAACGCUCUCUUGCUCAAGGUCAACCAAAUCGGUACUGUCACUGAAUCUAUCCAAGCUGCUUUGGACUCUCAAGCUGCUGGUUGGGGUGUCAUGGUCUCUCACCGUUCUGGUGAAACUGAAGAUACCACCAUUGCUGAUCUCGUUGUUGGUCUCCGUACUGGUCAAAUCAAGACUGGUGCUCCUUGCCGUUCCGAACGUCUUGCCAAGUACAACCAACUCCUUCGUAUUGAAGAAGAACUCGGUGAAGGUAACUCUAUCUACGCUGGUGAGAACUUCCGUACUGCUCACAACUUGUAAAUACAACCCCCUUUCCAUUCGCAUUCAUCAAUAACAGUAGAAAUCGCAUCUUAAAUUUGUAAAAAAAAAUUGCAAAUUGUUAUAAAAUAAACCAUGUAAAAUAUAUAUAUAUAUAUCUGAAA